AUGACGACUUCGUCCAAGAGAAGAAGAAGAUCUAAACCGGCAGCCUCAGCUGAACCCAUAGAGUUCAGCGAGGAUCAGUAUUCCAUUCUCAUGGAGAUCAAGGAUCAGCAUGAGCUGAAGGUGCCGGCAGAGAUGAAGACGCCCUAUAGAAACAGGGACAAAAGUAAGUACUGUCAUUUCUACAAAGAUUGUGGUCAUGAGACGAAUGAGUGUAAGCAUCUGAAAAGAGCAUUGGAAGACUUAGCCCGCAAGGGUAAAAUAAACUCUUAUCUACCUCAAUCAAGUAGAAAAUUCCAGAAGAAGGACAGUCGUCAGGGAAGAAGAAAAGAUGAUGAGAGCACGGAUGAGGAUGUGGUGAUGGUAAUUUCUGCAGGAUUCGCAGCCAGAGGUCCUACAAAGCGCGGCCACAAAAACUAUUUGCGGGAACUCAGCCAGGUGAUGCUUACCAACCAGGCAGAGUCUGACCCUUUCCCCAAAAUAGUGGUCAGCGAGCAGGACCAGGGGAAGAUAAGAACGCCUCAUGAUGACCCACUAGUGGUAGAGAUGAAGAUUGCAAAUCUCAGGGUAAGACGGAUCCUGAUUGAUACAGGAAGUUCUACCGAUAUCAUCAGUGCGGAUUAA